CGUGACUUCAGCAGUUUAGGCUAUGUGCUCCGAAUCACUGAUUCAAAACAAAUAAUUCGCAAUGGUUUCGAAGCUUCGCAAAUUAGUCAUUUAAAAUCACUGGGGUAGUGUGGAUUUUUUAAAACUGAUAUUUUAAGCUCCGGCCUCCGACUGUGAUUGGUCAGUUCCACACCCUGUUUUUUGGCUCUGUGCGCAUGUUCUUCCUGGGCGUUCUGGGAUUUGCGGUUUACGGGAAUGAAGCCCUUCAUUUCAGCUGCGACCCCGACAGGAGGGAGCUCAACCUCUUCUGUUACAAUCAGUUCAGACCUGUAACGCCGCAGGUGUUUUGGGCCCUGCAGCUAGUGACGGUUCUUGUUCCAGGGGCCGUAUUCCAUCUGUAUGCAGCAUAUAAAAACAUAGCCCAAGAGGAUAUUCUGGAACGACCAACAUACACAGUGUUCUACAUCAUUUCUGUACUGUUACGGAUCGUCCUGGAGGUGGCAGCAUUCUGGCUCCAGAGUCGUCUCUUUGGAUUCCUGGUUCAUUCGCUGUACUUCUGUGAUGCCAGUUCACUGGACAAGACAUUCAACUUCACCAAGUGUAUGGUACCUGAGCACUUCGAAAAGACCAUCUUCCUCAGUGCAAUGUACAUUUUCACCAUUAUCACCAUGAUUUUGUGUAUGGCUGAGAUUUUUGAAAUCCUCUGCAGAAGGCUGGGCUAUUUAACACAUCAGUGACAAUCACCAGCUUGAAAAUAGCACACAAAAAAUGCAAAUGUUUAAUAGACAUUUUUCAUAGAAUCAAACUGUACGAUUGCAUGCCUUCCAUCCAGUUGUUUUGACAUUAUUUUCUACCUCUCUGUGAAACACAUUUUAAGAGGCAGAAAUAAGUGUUUGUAAAGAUUUUGCACAAUAAUAAUCUACUGUUCAUUUUACUUAUUCUCUAAAACAAUCAAUGACUCGUGUUGUAAUGAAACGUCACCGUCUUGUGUAUUAUUGUAGAUGUAUCAUUACAAAUAUUAAAUGUCCAAUUACACUUUUCACUGAAAUUAUGCUUACUAUAGAAUUAGUGAUUAGAAAAAUACAAAAUAAUGCAAAAAGCAGCAUAUGAUUGUGUGCUAAAUAAUCUGGAUAUUUAAAAACAUUAGAGAUGAAAAUAUACUUACUUC